AUGGAUCUGCAACGCCAGGUCGACGAGUUGACUAUUGAGUUGGAGUAUGAGAGAGAGGCAAAGAGGAAGUUAAUGCGACAGAUGGUCCAGCAGACAUUGAGCUACAAUAAGAUUAAUGAUGAGAAUAAUCGUCUAUUAAUGGAGUUGGAUGAAGUUCAUAGAAUGGUACACGAGACAAAGGAACAAAUGCGACAACAUUCUAGCACGAAUCGGCCUUCUAGUGACCCUGGACAGAUGUCACAACGAGAGAAGUUCCUUGUGAGCCAGAUCAAGAAUCAAGAGGAGCAGCACAAGAGGAUGUGUGAGCAGCUGGCCGAGUCAAGGGAGCAAGUGACACAGUAUGCCGAGAGGUUGGAGCGGGCCGAAGCUGAGAGCAAGGAGCAAUCGUCCAAAUAUCAAGCCAUCAUAGAGAACCUCAAGUACAAGAAUAGAGUUGCCAGAGACAACAAUAACAACAUCAUCAGCAUGCUUUCCGAGUCAUCCAAGUGCUUUGAUACACUCACCAUCUCUGACGACCAUCCUCUCCAGACCCCUGCACGACUACCAUCUUCAACUCCAGCUCCAACUCCAGAACCAACUCCAAAGAAGCUUUAUGAAACAGCUAAUGAAAUACUAUCAAAGUAUAGAAAUGCACCAUAUAAGACAGGAUCCACCUCCUCUGGUAGCACAUGUUCAUCAUUAUCACUCUCUCCAUCAUCAUCAUCUGCAUCAUCAUCGUCAUCCAGUACUAGUGGUGGUGGUGGCGGUGCCAGUGGCAAUUGCAAUGGCAAUGGCAGGUCAUCAUACAGCUCUACUGGCCGCACUCCAAAAUACCCAUCAUCCAAUGGCAUUGACAUCAGGAAUAUUAAUGAUAGCAUUAGGGGAAACAGUAGUUCCAGCACUAACAGUGACACUUCCUCCAAAUAA